UGUUCUUUUUUUCCGGAAGUAAACGGCUCCUCGCUCCCAAUCUCGCGCUCCUGGCCACUUUGGGCCUGAGGGAUGGAGGACGAGUUGGAGCUGGAUGAGGAGGUCUGCAAGGGGGUAGUAAAGAUGGGUAGACGUGCUCAUCAAGAUUUCUUCCCAGAAGAAAAUCAUCUUAGCCAGACGAACUCUCCGGCUGCACAGCGUCCAUCAUCUAAACCACAUAUACGCGAAGGAGUGUGGUCUGGCUUUGUUGGUGUAAAUGUGUCUAAGUCAAAAAAGAAACCUGUAGAACAAGAAGUUGAAGAUCAUCGUCUAAGACAACAGAGCAUAGAGGCAGAUAAUGGAGAAGAUAUACCAGUGAUCCCUGACUUAGAGGAAGUACAAGAGGAGGACUUCGCCAUGCAAGUGGCAGCCCCCCCUAGUGUACAAGUGAAUAGAGUGCUGACCUACCGUGACCUGGACAAUGAUCUCAUGAAGUACGCUGCAUUCCAAACCUUGGAUGGAGAGAUUGAUCUCAAAUUGCUCAGUAAAGUCUUAGCACCAGAACAAGAAGUACGAGAGGAUGAUGUCAUCUGGGACUGGAACCAUCUCUAUACAGAGGUUGCCUCUGAACUUCUAAGUGAAUGGGACUCUGGGCAAUCAGAAAAAGAAGAGAACCUUAUGAACAAGAAUGCUUGAAUUUUGAUUGAUUGCAUAAAAGUUGUAGAAACAUUCCUUUUUAGUAUGAUUUUUAUUUGAGAUAUUAUUUUUGUCUACACAAUAUAACAAUAGCUGUUUCAGAAAUGUAUCUAUAACAGAAUUCAAAAGAAGUUUUGUAUUGAUAUUCAAGUUAAUUAAUUAUACUUUUUAAUAACUGGGCAAUACUUUCAAUUCUCUUCAGUAGGUAAUGUUUUUCCAAGUACUUACAGGCCCAUUUUAAGGUGUGUUUUUUUCUUAGAUACAUGUAUGCCUCCUUGUAAAAUGUUAUGCUUUAUCCUCAGAGCUAUUAUAGUCUGGAAUAUUAAAUUGAUUUAUUACCAUUCCUCACUUAAGUGGCGACUAACAUAUUCAAAUUUGUUUAAAUGUACAUGAAUAAUAAAUGUGUAAAGAAAAGAGGCUACACAAACAAAAAGCAACACAAGUGCACCAUACAUCACAUGAGCUUUUUGAAUUUGGAAGUGAACUGGGAGUACCAGUUUCCUGUUCUAAAAUAUGCUGGAGGUUGACUGCUUUCCAAAUAUCAUAAUUUGUGAAUUUAUCUAUGCUUAUCACCCAAGCUAAUAGUACACUUAGCAGUAUAGUGAGCAGUUAAAUGGAGCUAUCACAACAACAAAACCCAUGUUUGUGCAUAAGCAGCACAAAGACAAGAAAAUUAAAACCCUUUUUUAUUUUGAAUUGGACUAGUCUAACUC